AUGUUAUGUCAAAUAUUUUCUAAUCAAUGUCAAUUAACUUCUCUUCAACUCAAUAUAGCCAAUUUGUCUUAUGAAAUUCAUCAAAGUUUAAAUUCACAUGAUUAUCUUUUAGCAAACAAAAUUUCUAAUGAAUCUCAAUCUUACUGUAUAGCUCUACGUUGUUUGUUUAUUCAUCUCGAUUAUGCUUGUUUUCUUGAACAUAUCAUUGAAUAUGUGCCCAAUCUCGAACAACUAUCGGUUUAUUUUCGCAAUUCAUUAAUUGAUAAGUAUCGUCUUGAUUCAAAUAUUCAAAUACCGCAACUAUCAAAUGAAAAUUGGUUUAAUAAAGUACCAAGAUUGGAAAGCUUUACAUUGAAAAGUUGUGUUCAUACUGAUUUUGAAUUUACUUAUUUAAAAUGGCUUCUGAAUAAUUUAAAUCACAUUACAAAACUAGAGAUUUAUUUACAUAGUAUACGUAUAUGGAAAACAGAUCAAUUAAUGUUCGAAUCUGUUAUUGAUGCAAAUUUUAUUCGUCAAUAUUGUUUACCUGAUCAAAUAAUUAAUUUAAAAUAUUUUUAUUUUUAUAUUUAUGCAGAACGUCAAUCGCCAUUAAAUAAUAUUUCUAAAAUAGUUAAUUCUUUUAAAAUAAAUUCUUUUUUUAUUGAUCAUCAAUGGACAAAUGUUCAAUGUUUUUAUGAUGAAAAGACCACAUAUCAACAUAUAUUCUCUUCUAAUCUUAAGAAAUUUCAAAAUUCUAUUGUCUUAUUUAAUCGUCAAUGUAUAUAUGAUUGGUCUGAUGUCACACAUAGUCAGGAUAUUCAUCCAUCAUUUUCUUUAUUUCUGAAACAAUUUAAUGAAUUAUGUCCUAAUGUUUCUUCUAUGAGAAUUAAUAUAGAACGUCUUCACCAUCAAUCAGAGAUUCUGCAAUGGUUGCCAAAACCAUACGACAUGAGACAACGAAAUCUAAAUACUAUUCCACUUCGAAAUGUUACAAAACUUAGAUUUGGAUAUUUUUGUCGUCGUCGUAUUGCUCCUAUGACAUUUAGGUAUCCAGAUAGACCAAGUGCCGAAAUACUUGCUUGUCUUAUUUCAAUGCCUGUUCAACUUAAAUAUCUUUUUGUUCAAAAAUUUGAAUGGCUUUUAUUUGCUAUUCAAUAUGGUUUUCACCACUUGAGAAAAAAUGCAUUAAAUACUGUUCGAUAUGCUGAAUUUAGUAUUUCAAGUUGUAAUAUUGGUAAUGAUCAUUCAAUUCAGAUUGGCAAAUUUCUUGUACCUAUUCUGAAUACUUAUAUGCCGUAUUUACAAACAUUACGUCUUUGGAGACCAGAUGAUUUUCCUUGGACAUCAAAUGAACAUGUUAUUGUGUUUGAACAAGAUCUUUGUCAAUUAUUCGAGCAAUUAAAACAACUUGUUUAUCUUGAUAUUUAUGGCCAAAUUGAUCCUAAAAAAGUCAAACCUUAUCACAAAAUGGUUCAAAAACGGUUUCCAAAUAGUCGAAAUGAUAUUCAAAUCUCAAGAUUUUCUCUUUGGAUUUAA